AUGAGUUAUAUUAUAAUCGAUCGGAUAGUGAUAGCCCGGCAUAACUACAUUCCCAUCGACUCUCACACAGACCUACCGCUAGAGAAAGCGGAGGAAUAUGUGAUACUAGACUCGACGGGCGAGUGGUGGACCGCUAGAGACAAAUACGGACACAUCGGUCUCAUACCAUCCAAUUAUGUUGAGGAGAAACUCAUCAUUAGUAGCGAUUCGCUCACUAAAUACGAGUGGUUUUCGCCGCAUUUGGAUAGAGACCAGUCGGAGACCAUACUGAGGGCCGACAACAGGGACGGAGCCUUUUUGGUCAGACUGUCCGCCACCGAAGAGAAAUGCUUUACUAUCAGCCUAUUAGUCAAGAACGGAAACCACAGCGAAAUCAAACAUUACUUAAUACAGAGGAGUAAUGAGGGCUCGUAUUUCAUACGACAACAGGAGUUCUUCUCGUCGGUCGAGGAGUUGAUUACAUUUCAUCGGCAAAGUAGAGGACAUUUGGCCACAAAACUCAAAUACGUGCCAAAAGCCAACAUCAAUAACCUGGUCAACGAUUUGCGAAAUCUGCACAUUACUAAAGUACACUACGGCUCAUUCGCAACGGGAGGCGCAGGACUUGUGAUGAUUGAGGGGAACAGUGUUGAGAAGAGGGGUCGAGUGACUGCGGGAUGCGCUGGCAUUUGGAGUGACCAUCAAAUCGAGCCGUGGAGGAGAAUAACAAAGUUCUUGAAAUCUGAGGGAUCGGUGCCGGCCAUACAGUUAGCACACGCCGGACGUAAAGCCUGUACUCAACCAGUCGUCAACACUUCAAUAGCUGACGAGGAUGGCGGGUGGCCUACUAUAGGUCCCAGUGCUGUACCCUUUAGUAAAUCUCUUUGGAAAGUACCAAAAGAGGCCACAAUUGAAGACAUUGAAGAACUCGAAGAAUCUUUUGUUUCUGCGGCCAAACGAGCGGUUGAAGCGGGCUUUGAGGUACUGGAACUCCACUUCGCACAUGGAUACCUCGUCAGUAGCUUUUUAUCACCCCUUACUAACCAAAGGACAGACAAAUACGGCGGUAGUCUUGAAAAUAGGAUGCGCUUUGGUCUCGAAAUUGCAUCAAAAGUCCGAAAGAGUAUUCCCGAAGACAUUCCCAUUGGAGUCAGGAUUUCGGUCACCGAUUACGCGGACAACGGAUGGGAUAUAAAACAAAGCAUUGAUUUCGCAAAAGAGUUGAAGAAAAUUGGUAUCGAUUUCAUUGACUGUAGCUCUGGGGGUGUUGUCUCUUAUGUUGAUUAUAACUUUUUGAACACAAAUGUGGUUCAACUGAAAGGCGCGCAAAGUAUUCAGAAAGAGGUGGGAAUAGCGACCGCAGCCGUCGGCAAAAUAACUGAUCCGCACUUCGCAGAGAAGAUAUUACAAGAGAAUGGGGCGACACUUAUAUUC